AUGACCACCGGCACGGAUGGCGACGGCGACGAGCGCGAGUGGGAGAAACACGUGGACGAGGCCUCGGGCACAGCGUACUACUACAACAUGCGCACGGGCGAGUCGUCGUGGGAGGUCCCUGCGGGCUUCACGUCUCCGCGGGCGCAAGAUCUGAGCGAAGACAAGCCCCCCAAGUGGCGUGCAUUCGUGGACGACGAGUCUGGCACCACCUACUACUACGACGAAGUGAGCGGCACCAGUCGAUGGGACAAACCGGAUGGUUUUAUUCCAGAAGAAGCCAAUAACAAGACUGAGAACGGGAAGAAGGAGGGAAAAGAGGCUAAUGAUGACAAGUCUACUACUGCGGCUAAUGAUGACAAGUCUACUACUGCGGCGGCUACUCAGUGGGUGAAGUACGUGGACGCUGCCAGCAACAAGCCGUACUACUACAAUGCCAGCACAGGGCAAACGCAGUGGGAAGAGCCUGAGCACUUCGAUGAAUCAGCAGCAGCAGCGCAGCUCGCUGCUCCCCAGGUUUCUGCCGAGUAUCAGGCCCAUCUGAACCGGAUGCGCACGGAACGCCUCACACGAGUGACGCAGCAAGUGCUGGACCCGUCGGGCAAUCUCAGCAAGCUGAAUGCCAUUUUAAGCGGGAUUGACAGUAGCGCUCCUCCUGCUGCUGCCGCGGCUCAUGUUGAUGGAGACGGUGCUGAUGCUCCACGAACCGCAAAAGCGGAAUGGCAGCAACAUGUCGACGCGCAGACGCAGCGGUAUUACUACCAUAACGAAGUAACUGGUGUCACGCAGUGGAAUAAGCCAGAUGCGCCUAUUGUUUCAGGGUUGGCGAUUUGGAUCCCGCCCGAGGAAUCGGAGUCAGAUUCGACUGCUGCGGGGCGGAAGACCGUCUCGGGCGUGAACUACGUUGCGCGUGCGAAGUUUAACCGGCUGACAGGCAAGUACGAGCAACUUGGUGGUGAUGAAUACUGGCAGAAUGCCGGAAUAGCACCGGAUCGCGCAGGGCGGCAAAUGAGCCACUUCUUUGACAUGACGGAGCUGGAGAAGAACCGAGAAGAGGCAAGACGUAGGAAGGAGCAACUCAAGCGAAAACACAUUGACUGGAAGAAAAUAACGGCGGAGAAGAAGGCCAAGAAGCAGAAGCAGAGGAACGAGUGGCUGUACACUGAUUAA